AUGGGGAAAACUGAGAUUGAUCAUGAUCAUGCACUUUAUCUUCAUCCUUUUGAUACUACUGGAGCUCCAACAGUCACAAUCCAGUUGAAAGGAUCUGAGAAUUACUCCGUAUGGAGCCGUGCGAUACGAAUCCAACUGUUAGGGAAGAACAAGUUAGGGUUUAUUGAUGGUACGGUCAAAAAGGAGGAUUUCGAAGCAGAUCUAGAGCAUAACUGGGAUCGCUGCAAUGCGAUUGUGUUGGGAUGGAUAAUGAGCUCAGUUGCGAAGGAGUUACGAACAGGAAUUGUAUAUGCAGAAGAUGCUAGGGGAAUAGAUAGUGUGCAGACGUAUUUCUCAAAGCUUAGAGGUUUAUGGGCAGAAUUUGACAGCAUGGUGCCACCACCAUAUAAUUGCUCUAAGUCUAAAGAUUUUGUUGAACAUUUGCAGAGGCAGAAGUUGAUGCAGUUCCUUAUGGGACUAAAUGAGAGUUAUGAGCAGGCAAGGAGUCAUAUACUGAUGACAAGUCCAGCUCCGACUGUCAACAAGGCCUAUGCUAUGCUAAUUGAAAGGGAGAGUCAAAGGAAUGCAGCAAGUAUUUCUAUGAAGGGCGAAGGGACUGACUUAGCUGCACUCAUGUGUCACGACCCAACCCCGUAG